AUGCGGAAAAUAUCAAACCCUCAGGAUCUUCAGUUGGCAGCUGAACUCGAAUAUCAGUUUCAGUUUACCAAAUACUCAGCCAUGCAGGCCAAGACUAUUGAAGAUACAUUCUACAAUUCUCUGGAAAGUGGAGCGGAUGACAACGGCGCAGGCGGGCAAUAUGGCAACAAUCUGAACGCUUUCCAAGCGCUAGUCGAUGUUAAUGGCAGGUGUGAGGGGGUGUACACAUGUUUGCAGUUGUUUGCAUAUACUGUUGAUGUCGGCAGAGACUUCGUCGCUUCUAGUCAAGAAGUACACAUCCUAACGGAGCCAUCACAAAUUCGCCAUCGAGUCCACCGCCACCCAUCAUACGAUUUGGGUUCUCAGCAAUCUCUUCUCCUGAUGAUGCAAAUUUUCAGUAAGGCGGCUCCCCGCAUAUCAAGAAGCGGUCGUUUCAGCGCUCAACGGGUACUGAAGGUAACCUGGAGUCACGUAAACCUGUGUUCUGGCUCUAUGAACUACUAUUAA